AACGGUGUUUGGACCAAUACCUUUUACACUUCACCUCAAUUGUCAUCAUCAGAACACUACUCUCUCACACUACACUUACAUAGACUCCACCACAGGGCACACUCUCCAUCAUCAACAAUGGCCGUGAAUCCAAUCCAAAAUCCAAUCCAAUUCGGAAUCAUAGGGUGCGCCGACAUCGCACGCAAGGUGUCAAGGGCCAUCAUUCUGGCCCCCAACGCCACCCUCUACGCCAUCGGCAGCCGCUCCAUCGACAAAGCCUCGCAAUUCGCCGCCGCAAAUGGCUUCCCUCCCUCCGCCAAGAUCUACGGCAGCUACGACGCCGUCCUCGACGACCCCGACGUGGACGCCGUCUACGUCCCCCUCCCCACCAGCCUGCACAUCCGGUGGGCGGUGUUGGCGGCGGAGAAGAAGAAGCACCUCCUCCUCGAGAAGCCCGUCGCUCUCAAUGUCUCGGAAUUCGAUCAGAUUCUCAAGGCCUGCGAAGCUAAUGGAGUUCAGUUCAUGGACGCUACUAUGUGGAUGCAUAAUCCCAGGACUGCUAAGAUGAAGGAAUUUCUAUCUGAUUCGCAGCGUUUUGGACAACUCAAAACGAUAAACAGCUGCUUUACAUUUGCUGCCGACCCAGAUUUUCUCAAGAAUGAUAUCCGCAUGAAGCCAGACCUCGAUGCUCUUGGUGCUCUUGGUGAUGCUGGGUGGUACUGUGUCCGCUCGAUCCUUUGGAUUGCUGAUUUUGAGCUGCCUAAAACAGUAGUAGCUUUGCGCGGUCCGGUUUUGAAUGAAGUGGGAGUAAUUCUAUCGUGUGGUGCUUCUUUGCAUUGGGAAGAUGGUAAAGUAGCGACCUUCCAUUGCUCGUUCCUAUCAAAUUUGACCAUGGAUGUAACUGCUAUUGGAACAAAGGGAACUUUGCAUCUUCGGGACUUUAUUAUUCCUUUUGAAGAGGACGAGGCUUCAUUUACAAUGGCGACAGAAUCGUGGUUCAAUGAACUCGUGACGGGUUGGGUACCAAAACCUAGCGAGCACACUGUCACGACCGAUCUUCCUCAGGAAGCGUGCAUGGUGAGGGAAUUUUCGAGGUUGGUUGGGGGUAUAAAAGGAAAUGGACAAAGUCCUGAGAAAAAGUGGCCGACAUUCAGUAGGAAGACACAACUGGUUCUGGAUGCAGUCAAGGCAUCAAUUGAGAAAGGUUUCGAACCCAUUGAGGUUGUGAGUUAAUUUAGACUCUCUACUUCUCAUGUCUGGUAUUAUUCUUGAACUAGAAUGCUGUUUAUUGCACAUUCAGUUGGAUUGUUUUUGUUCUGUUUUUGUGAGCUUGAAUAUCUAUUUUUAGGUCCUUGUAUUCUCUGUUCAGUUUUCUGGAUUUGUACUUCUUAAUUUUCAUGAGAUACUGCAAACUUUGAUUGUGAAUGUAAUAAAUAAUUUUCAGUCAUCUGCUAUUUUCUUA